UAUUCUUUUUUUCGCAAGUCUUGUUCCCCAAUUCAGUUUUUCAUAAAGAAACAGGGUCUUUCUUCCAGAGGAUUAAACCUUACGUUUUCCAAAUUUUGUAUAGUUUCAAGUCUGCACUAGUUCGUUUUCCUUAGCGAUUAAGGGUACCCCAACCGGUCUCAAGCUUGAACUUCGUUUCUCUCUGACCUUGUCAAACGCGGGGACUCAACCCAGGCGCAGGUUUAUUGGAUUCACGUAAAACAGAGUUUGUGCUUGUCGUAGAGUAAGGAUCGAAAAUGUUGGGGGAUUUCAUCACUCGGUGUCUUAUAUUGCUUCUGGGGUACGCGUAUCCUGGAUUUGAAUGCUACAAAACUGUGGAGAACAGCAGGGCUGGUAACGAUGAACUUCGAUUCUGGUGUCAAUACUGGAUCAUUGUAGCACUUUUCACAGUACUGGAGAAUUUUACAGAUGUUGUUGUUGGAUGGCUUCCCAUGUAUGGAGAGUUGAAGCUUGCACUAUUCAUCUACUUGUGGUAUCCGAAAACUAAGGGAACCGGAUAUGUUUAUAAUGCAAUUUUGCGUCCUUAUGUGUCAAGCCAUGAAAAUGACAUUGAGAAAAAAUUCCGAGAGUGGCGAGCUAGGGCCUGGGAUUUGGCCAUUUUUUACUGGCAAAACUGCACAGAGUUGGGGCAAGCGACAACUUUCCAGAUUCUAGAUUUUUUGGCUGCUCAAUCUAAAAAGUUUUCCAGCAAAUCCUAUGCUAAGAAAAAGGAAAAGAUGGGUCCAACUCCAAGCGCUCCACCAUUGUCUUCAAUUCGAGAUUCUCUCUUUGAAAACAAUUAUAGCAAUUCUUCAGGUCGCAAAAACAAGAAAGGAGACUAAGAAGCUUUGAUAAAGCAAAGUUGUAUACAGAACUGUGUAACAUUUUUUUGUACAUACUUACGUCAACCCCAUAACCACUCUCGUUCUGCUUGUAAUAUAAAGAAUGCUUUACUUUUGUCGCA